ACAGCAAUGUGAAAAUUCACAAUUAAUACUAGGUAAAUGAGAUUUCCUUAUUUUGAAUCGUUCACGUUCCGCAAAGCUUACUUUAUACCUCAUGCGAAAGAGAGAAAUCGAAGCUCUAAGCAUUGAUAUGUCAUGUGUUUAUGUUCUAAGUAUACACCAGUACAAACCGUGAACCUACAAUGUCAUGACGCUCUUCCCCUUUCUUCAGGAAUUCGUUCAAUUCAAGUUUGCCGGGUUGCUUCAACUUACCCAAGAACAAGUCUAUCCGUAUGGCUAUAAGACGUACAACAAAACUCCAUCAGGUGGUAGUAUGCUGGAGUUCUACUUAACCAUUGAAUAUGGGCGUCUUGACUUUGAGUUGACACCAGACACCCAAUUUGUCUGUGCAUCAACCCACGGUCGUGCUCUGGUAUCACCCAUUUUAAAGGAAGAGAGCAAGUGGCCCCCUGAUGACGACUGGCCGUGGAUUCCCUUCUACUAUUACAACGUGGCGUGGGAGAGAACAGAAGCAGUUUUAAAAAUAAUCUAUUUUGACGUACAGGUAGGAGAGGAGAAACCUAACAGGGUGGAAUGUGUGAUCAAGGGACAAACCUACCCUGUUGAAGUGAUAGUAAAAGCCUGCCCCGUCGGCCGAUUCGGACGGAUCUGUAUGGAGCGCUGUCAGUGUUACAACGGGGCUUCGUGUCACAGCUUCAACGGCGCGUGCAAGUGCGCCCCUGGCUGGACUGGAAGGCACUGCACCACUGAAAAUCCAGAAGUGCGCAUCAGUCCUUCAAGCAGUGAACUGAGAGACUUGCGGUACGGACAGGAACUACAGCUGACAUGCACAGGCUACAACUUUCCUAUCACAAACAUCACAUGGUUCUUCAAGAAUGACGUUUCUAAGACUGAAAAACCGCCGGAAGUCAAGGACAGGAACUCUACACAUCUAAAUAUCAGCUCCCUGCUGCCUCAGUAUGAGGGUCACGUGACUUGUGAGGCCGUCAGUACCAGCGGAGAGAAAUACAAAGACGCGGUCGACAUACGGAUAGCAGGUUGCCGGGACAACCUGUACGGUGAGCGGUGUGACCAGACCUGUGACUGUACCGGCCCGGCCACGUGUAACCGGACCCUCGGCUGUGCCUGUCCCGAGGGCGUGUCCGGCGACGGUUGUCCAAGACCCGAAGACGCCGACACCCAGUUUACUCUACUGGUCGUCAGUUUAACCUCAUCAGGCGUGGUGAUCCUCCUCGUCAUUGUCAUUAUCCUGCUCCACAGGCAAAACAACAGGCUUCGUGUGGGACCCAUUAACGACCCAGAAAUCUUCAAACUUGGACAGAAGAUGCAGGCCGUGAUGCCACGGGAGCGAGGCCCCUCGUCGAGCAGUAUCGACAUGGAUAUGUUGAAGGAGAGGGAGAUAGACAGAGGAAGGCUGCAGAUCGGACAGCUCCUGGGAGAGGGCGCUUUUGGGCAUGUAGUCAAGGCAACGCUGGAACAACCUGAAGGAGGCAAUGUCGUGGUAGCUGUCAAGAAACUGAAAGACAACGCAGAAACAACUGCAAGGACUGACCUUCUGCGAGAGACCUGUAUCAUGUUGUUGUGCGGUGAUCAUGACAACGUCAUCGGGCUCAAAGGCAUCUGUUUUAGAGACGGGCCACUGCAGCUGGUGCUGGAAUAUGCGGAACACGGGAGUCUCCUUCACCUGCUGUGGACGUUACGUGCGGAGUCCAAACUCAACAGGACCGUUCUGGUCAACAAACGGCACAUCUUCGAGAACAUGAUGGUGGGAGUCUGCUGCGGGCUGGAGCACCUGGCGAGCCAGAGGCUGGUUCACCGAGACAUCGCCGCCAGAAACAUCCUGAUCUGUGGGAAGGGAACCGCAAAGAUUGCUGACUUCGGGCUGGCUCGUGACACGUACGCUGUUGGGUACCAUCGACAGGGGAGGGGUAACGAACUCCUGCCUCUGAAGUGGAUGGCACCGGAGGGCUUGAAGAACGAGGCUAUGUUCACCCACAAGAGUGACGUGUGGUCUUUUGGGGUUCUGUUGUGGGAAGUGGCGCAGCUGGGUCGCACGCCGUACCCUGGGAUGGACGGCGCAGACAGAAUAUACGAUGCUCUGCGUAACCACUUCAGACUCCCGAGGCCACAGCUGUGUACAGAGGAAAGGUACCAGCUCAUGCUGAAAUGUUGGAAGUUUAACGAGAAGAGAAGGCCGGACGCCACAACAGUUAGAAAACAACUGGAGGCAGAUCCCAAUGGCUUCUUCUACUUCAAUGUUCCAACGGCAGCGAUCGAGGCGGCGGCACCAGUCACUCCGGUGUGAGACCACAUAGAACGUCGGUAGGAGAUCAGGGUGACGACUGUCUGCUGUGGAUCUUCACAGGAACUGACUUAAUCAAGAGUUUAUUUUUGUCCAGUCUUAAUCAAGAGUUUUGGGUUACUCAUUAGCUAAUCAUACAAUCUGAUCUUACAAACUGUAUCCAAUCCAGAAAACCACGACAAAUUAAACAGUAUUUACUAAAGUCAAGAGAUAAUUGUUGGAAAGUACAUUGUUACAACCCUUGUCCUGCUGGUCAUUCUGACAAUAUCUGUGCAUUAUGUGCUCCCUGUCUUACUAAUCUACUGUGUCGUUUUGUCAUUGUUACACUAGUACGGUAUUUUCAUUGUAAUGUUUCUUACUUACUAUUUCUACGAGUAUAUGUUUACGAGGGAUGAUUUGUCAAUUUUGCUAUGCUUUACUUUUAUUAUUUGUAAUAAUGUUUUUUUUUAAAUUUUAUUGUGGGGAUAUGCUCCUAGGAAUACUCUAAAAAGCGCCAGAAGGAGACAAAUCUGGAUAAAUAAAUAAAGAACUAGAAAGAACAUUGGUACAAUGCAGAUUCAUGUGACUUCCAUUGGUACAAUGCAGAUUCAUUUUACUUCGAUUGUUACU